ACAGUUGCUUACAUUUGAGGACAAUGACCCAGGGGAACCACUUGAGCUAGCAGUCAAACAAGUCGUUAGUGUUGUGAAGUCAGCACAAGAGAAGGUUGUUUCUUGUAAUGUUGUGGGAGAUUACAUUACAUUUGUUGUCAAUGUCUCACAUACUUCACCCACCACUGCAGGAAGUCAGUCAUACAGUGUGAAACUGUCUCCGCUUCACUUGCAGCUUCAGCUCUACGUGAAAGACAAAGGAGAAGAUGUCAAAGUUGAGUGGUUCCUCAUUAAUGCCUCUGAAACCAAUUUUGAAAUCCAGCCGUCAGUGCAAGAGGGACAGACAGCAGGGACAUGUGCAAUAUCUGAAAUGCUCAGAGAUGUUUUGAAGAACCUCUUUAGUUCAGUUUCUGCAUCUGUAGUAUUGAGUACAAAGCCUACAGAUAUAAAGGAGGUACGGAACAUACAAAACGUAAGCGUUCUCCCUCAGGGCACUAGUCCGCCUAAACCUCCAAGGGCUCAUGAACUGAAACUAUUAGUAAAGAACAUCACGGUAAACCUAACAGAUCACGGUGCUGCAGGCAGCACAAACCUUGCGUGUAUACUUCAGUUGAAUGACCCUGUGCAGAAGUUUUCCAGCUCUGUAGUCAAAAAUGCUGCAAAUCCCUUUUGGAAGGAAGAGUUUAUCUUUGAAUUAAGUGCCAAAUCAAAAGCAUUGCAACUGCAAAUAGUAGAAGAUGGAAAGUCGGAUAGUUCUUUGUCGGCAAGGGCAACUGUACCUCUCGACUUGUUCAGGAAACAGCCUUCUGGCCAGCAAAGCUUUGCACUGAACGGCUGGGCCAGCGACAGCAGCCCAGAGCUGGGGCCUGGGCUAGGAUCCAUUAGUGCAGAGUUCUCUUUUGUAGAACCCAAUGAAUUAAAGAAUUGGCAAGUUUCUUCUGCAGCGCCAGCCACCAAGAUAGAAAAGGAUCGAACUGUGAUGCCCUGUGGGACUGUGGUCACUACUGUAACUGCUGUGAAAACCAAACCUCGACUAGAAGGGAGAUCUUCUCCACUGAGCACAGAUUCUCCUGUGAAAACUCCAGUUAAAGUAAAGGUGAUUGAAAAAGAUUUCUCUAUUCAAGCUAUCCAUUCCCAUGGUGCUCCUGUCAGCAAAACUUUAUCAUCUUCAGAUACAGAACUGCUGGUAUUGAAUGGCACUGACCCCGUUGCAGAAGCAGCCAUUCGACAGUUAAGCGAGUCUGCAAAGCAGAAGCUGAAGUCUCCUAGGAAGAAAAGCACCAUUAUCAUAUCAGGGGUGUCAAAGAUCUCUUUAUCUCAGGACAGUGAAGCUGCACUGAUGAUGGACUAUGCUGCAGCCAUGGAUGGCUCUUGCAAAAAAGUAGAUCCAUCCACUGUGGAGGAACGUAUUGCAAAAGUCACCUCUGAUGAAAAGCUAUCAUUAGGUGCUUCAGAAACAGUACCUGAUACUGACCCACAGCAAAGUGACCAUAAGGCCUGGGGUUUGGAGAACGGAAGCCAGCAGUGGAACAGCAACACGCUGCUAGACCAGACCUGUGAAGAAAUGUCCGGGAGCUCUUUAAGUGUUUCAGAAACUGGGAGCAUGAAAAAAUCUAAAGGUGGGAUUUUGAAAAAAAGCGCAAAACUCUUUUUUCGUCGGCGCCAUCAUCAGAAGGAUCCAGGAAUGAGUCAGUCGCACAACGAUCUUGUCUACCUGCAGCAGCCACUAUCAGAGGAAACGCGCAAGAAGGGAGGAACACUUUCACGUAUUCUUAACAGGAAGCUCCUUUCCAAGAACAAAAGCAAGAACAAACUGAAUGGUUCUUCGGCAGAACCAUACAUAUAAGACUGAACGCUCUCUAAUGGGAUGCUUGCACAUCAGCUGAUCAGUUGUUUACAGAGCAGUACUAGAGAAUACAUAUACAGCUGAUGACUUGCAUAAAAUGAUGUUCACUAAUACAGUGGUCCAGGAAUAAACAGAAAGCUUGUCUUUCGUUUAUUUUUCCAGAAUGAUUUUCUUUAUAAUUAAUGAGUUGCUCCUCCAAAUACAACAACUGGGAAUUGUAUCAUGACAGCAUUUGGAGGACUGUGUGGUUUGUAGAAGAUGAGGGAAGACGGGGAAUGGUGCAGGUGGGGAGGACUUUUAUGUGAGCACCUAGUUUACAUUAGUGGAGAGCUAAGAACUGAAAAUUCCUACCUGCUACAUGACUGAACCACCAUAAAAGAGAUGACAUACCACUGUGCUUCCUUACUGCAACACGGAGUCGUUGCAAUGCAAGUCUCAACUUGGUUUUCUAGUCAGGCUGAAAGACAAAAGAGAGACUCAGACCCAGUUUGUAUUGUAAUUUGGAAACAGGUAAGUUUUUAGCGGCAGAACUAAAAUGCUGAUUAAGAUAGCCUGCUGUAAUAACUGUAGCCUGCUGUAUUAACUGCUCAGUCCAAGUAGGUGGAGAGAUGCCUUUGAGAUUAGCCAUAAAUCAAUAAAUUAUGCAAAUACUUAUCCUAGCAUAUUGUAUAAUAUUCUGUGCAUAAGUUAUGCUUAAAAAACAGAACUUUUUCUAAGUCUACCCAAGUCUACUUGCAAGCAAAACAUUUAAAAAUUCCUACAUGUAGCUUUUCUCCCCUAUGUGAGAAGCUGCAUUGCUAGUGCAACAACUUGUCUUAGGGGCUCUAAUUCCUUCUCUCAAGUACUUGUUAGACAAGUAUAUCAAUCAUUGUAUGAAAUGCAAAGCUAGGAGCAAUAAGUGUUGAACAGAGCAUAUUUAACCCUACAUAAGCUUUUCAUUAGACAGCUUGUUUUAGAUUCCAAACACUUACUGAGAUCUUAGAAAAUGCAGUCGUGAAGAGAGCGUCUUUUCAAAAAAAAAAAAAAAAAAGUAAUAAUAAUAAUCCCCUAACUUCAGUUUCCAGAAGGGUCAGUGCUGUCACAUGGUGAGUGGUUGGUUGGGUUUUUUGACUUUUUUUCCUCAUUAAAUACAGCAGCUGGCUCCUUUAAAUUAAAAUGAAAAAAUGGUGAACAUAAAGGUGUAGGGUUUGUUUUUUUUUAGAUAUUUAAAAAGAGGAGUAAAACAUCAGUCGAUAUUUCACAGGCAGCAUCUUUUGUGUAUACCUGUACUUUUCCAACGUAUACGUUCCUACCGAUAAGAAAGGACCAAGCCUGUUGUUUUUUGGCCAAGAAAAACACCCGUUCCAUCAAAACUACUGACAUAAAUGGAUGAUAGAUUUGUGCCUGCAACAGUGAUUUUUUUUCCCCCUUAAAAGACAUCCAAUACUUCUUAUGUGCAUAAAAAUGACAGAUAUUUGGGCUUAUCCCUUAAAGCAUCCUUCAAAAAUAGAAAUUCACUGAAGAACAGAAACACAUUUCAAAAUUUCUGGUGAGUCCUAGGUUCCCUGGCAAAUAUUUUUAGAAAGAUUAUAAAACUAGAGGUUUUUUUUUUUUAAUUUUCCCAACAAACUCUUCAAAGAAAUGAACUUGCCAAAAUCUUUUAACUGAACCUACUGUUUAAAAAUACAGUUUUUAUGUAGCCUAGUAAAAUCACUGUGGUAGUACAGCAGCCCAGACUAUCAGAUAGUGGUAUGGUAAAGCAUGCUGCUUAUUGUGAAAACACUUGAAGGCAUUUUAAUAUUCUAUGUUUUACAAAUUUGUGUUACACAUGAGUAUUCUAGACCUGUAAUGUGCUUAGAAAUCCCAGGUCAGUAAUACUGGUUUGUCUUGCUUAAAUGUGCUUGAAAACUUUUCUUUAUUGUUAAUUUAACAGAAAGUAGAAGUUAGGCUUCUUCAUUUGCUCUGUAGCAGCACAUGAUCUGAGCAUUAGAAGACUGAUGUUAUGUUCCCUCAGUAUACACUUUUUACCAUUGAGUUUACUAGGAGCUCUUUGCAUGAUGAGAGAGAAAUGAAGAUCCUAUCAUGUUUUAAAUGCUCAGUCUUGUUUGCGGAAGGAGAAAAAUAAAACUGCGCAUUGAGCUCAAGAAAUCAGAGUGUAAUUAAGGUGAGACUAAGUUCUGCGUAUAACACCCCCUUAUACUAAAAGCUAGCAGCUGUAGAACUGGGAAUGUGAUGGGAGUCUGCAUCACUACUUGAAGUCUGUUUAAAUUACUGAACUGGGAUUUUAAUUGACAGAAGCUUUUUUUACUGUAGAAUGUGGUGGAAUUAAUGCUGAGUAACUUGCAGAACACAGGAGUAGGGUUUGCUUGUAUAUUACCCCAAAGAAAAAUGAACCUUGACAGGUUUUUGUUUUUUUUUUUUUAAUCUUUCUUAGGGUCUUGGUGAUUGCCUGAAUGCAUGUCUUGAUGGUGGGAACUGAGAGCAUUCAAUACUGCAAAUUGUUCAUAGGUUUGAACUUGUGUAUAUUGAGAAAGAAUUGAUUAUUCAGAUGAGGAAAACAAGGCAUUUGGGGUAAAAAGGGAAUCUUGUUUUUUAAUUGCCUUCACUCCUCAGGAAAAUAAACAUCGUUUGGUUUGAUAAUGCGUUUGACCUCCA